GGUCUAGCUGGUAGCCAUCAUGUCCGACGCUGCUCCCCGCAAGGCCAAGCAACCCAAGCUUCGCGCCAGCUGCGAUGCCUGUGGUGCCGCCAAACUUAAGUGCGACCGAGGCCAUCCAGAGUGCAGUCGGUGCCUGUCCAACGGCCUCACCUGCCACUACGGCCUAUCACGCAAGAUGGGGAAGCCCCCCCGUGACCGACUCCAUCGCCAGAGUAUCUCGCAAUCUCGAACCGCUAUGGAUGGAGGCUUAGACAAAUUAGGCCACCACGACAGCCACGAUCAGAGCCUCAUUGAUGCCGAGCUAUUUCCGAGUGUGCAUGAGGUGCCGGCGUGGGAUGGCACGAUAUCAGGCCACCCCCCCGGAGGACUUCUGGCCGACUUGGAUGCCUUGGGCCAUCUCGGGGCGCCUCCCCUGCCAUUCCUGUCACUUGAAUUCGGCGACGAGCUCAUAGCGGAUAAUUCCAAACACUCCAUGCUAGCCAGUCAGAUGGACUUUCCGUCCAUAUCCGCUCCGGACUCGCCCCCAAUGGACCGGAUAGGGUCGACGCCGACGGAGCCGAGUGCGCGGGCCCGGGCACUGGGGGGCCUGAAGGAUCACGACUGCCCCCGAGAAGCGUACAGUAUCCUCGGCAGUUUAUCGUCGCUCCCCCUGAGUCGAGCCUUGGGCCGACCGGCGGGCAAUUCAGAUCCGGGUGUCGCGCUGGACCACCUGCUGCGCGUCAACCGCGGCGCUAGCGAGCGCCUCACCCCCCUGCUCGCCUGCUCCUGCACGCGAUUCCCUGCCCUGGCGCUUCUCUAUGCAUCAAUCCUCUCCUGGAUUCUCAUUUGGUACCAGGAGGCGGCUGGCUGCGUGACGAGCGGGUCGCCGGGUCUCCCAUGCAUCCCCCUCGACGGAGCCAUCUCCCCGGCCUCCAGCACGGGGGUCGGCCAUGGCGCCUCGGGGUGGUCGAGCACGACCGGCAGUGGCCCCGGAGAACGAGAGGCCCCAGGACCGUCGACCCCGACCCUUGUGGCGGGAGGGAUGGUGCCGGUGAGGAUGGCCAUUGGGAGCUUCAACAUCGAUGACCUGCGGGUGCAGUCGGCCCUGCGGACUCAGCUGGUACUGGGCGAGAUGGGACGGGUGCGUCGGCUGAUCGACGCCUUCUCUACGUGUCAGGAUGCAGGGCCCCGUCUGGGCGAUGGGUGGAAACGAGGGGGGGUGGAGGGCUUGCACCAGAGUCUGGCAUCGUGGCUGCGGGAGGAACAUGCCCGCAUUGCCAAUGCGUUGCGAGCCCAGUUAAAGGAACUGAAUACACCCGAGUAGCCUCUCUACAGCGUUUCGUAGAAUUGGUGAAAUUUCUAGCAUCUUAUCACAGUCGA